CAGUUGGUGUCAGAGCGUAACUCCCAGAAUCCAGUUCCAGUUCCAGUACAUAACGGCUUUCUACAAUGUUGCUGUUGUUCGUUGCUGGUAUCAUCGCCAUGUUGUGUCUGCCGCUUCCGGGUGUCGGCGCUGCUGGUGACAGGGACGCCCUGUUAUACAAAGUGGAAAUCCUCAUUCCCCCUAAGGAGGGGAGGGACGAGAAUGCAGACAUACAGCAGAUAAAGCAGACAGUUGAAGAUCUGAAGGACAUCAAGGUUAUCUUUGCAUUCAAGGAACUCGGAAAUCCAAGUAUUGUUCUUGUGCUUGACGUUGAGGAAGCAUGCAGUUGGCCCCAGUUGACAGGUUUCCUAUCACGCAAGGGAUAUGAGUUCAGCGUCGCAUCACUCUACCGCUGCAGUGACUACUCCAACAGACUUGGUUUCAACCUGCCCGAUGACGCAUGGACAUAUUCGUUCCAGGAUGAAAACCUUGCCAUGGUCACUAAGGUAUUUCCUGUGGGAGACUUGUCAACACUUGAAUAUAACGAAAGGCUAAAGAUGACAUUUCAGCAAGACCUAGCCAUAUUGAAAAGUGGUCAGAAAGGGGUAUGCUUCAGAAUUCUCGCAGAGUACCCGGUUGAGUUGGUGUACUUCGCCCCGGUCAGCCAAAUGAAGGUUGAAGCGAUUGACGAAAGUUUGGCAAGUCCUGGUCUCUAUGAAAAUGAAGUAAAACGCAUACAGAACCUUGCCAAUUACACAGCAGUGUGCCAGGGAGACUAAACACGUGAUUUUAGAACGCAGAAAUCCUGUGGAACAUAUACAACAUAUACAAUGUAUUCUGCUGAAUAAACACAUUCAUGGCAUGUAAA